AAAAUAAAAUCAAAUUGCGAACGGAUAAAGUGAUAAACCGGCCAUUUUCCAACUCCCACACUCCCAUCUCAAAACCCCCAAAUUCCUGGAGCUUUUGGCGAUAAUGGCUUCCACAUCCUCAUCAUCAUCUCUAUUAUUCACAAGCUUUUUGCAAAAACCCACAAAUACCUCGACGACCCACCUCUCGGAACUCAAUUUCCGGUCCCUCAAACAACAAAUUAUCUCUUUAAAGUUCACUCGCAAAUUGCCUGUUGCCUUGAAUCCCAGAAGACUCAAUGCAGUGGCCGAGGACACUUCAGUAUCUACUACAGACCCGUCAAUCGAGUCCGCAAGAAGACUGUAUGUGGGCAACAUUCCGCGGACCGUUAAGAAUGAUGAGCUCCGGAAAAUUGUUGAAGAGCAUGGAGCUGUUGAAAAGGCCGAGGUAAUGUAUGAUAAGUACUCUGGAAGGAGUAGACGGUUUGCUUUUGUAACAAUGAAGACUGCUGAGGAUGCAAAUGCUGCUAUUGAAAAGCUAAAUGGCACAGAAAUUGGAGGACGGUCAAUCAAAGUUAAUAUAACGGAAAAACCAUUGCAAUCUAUGGAUUUGCCAGUUCUUCAGUCACAAGAAUCCCAAUUUGUUGACAGUCCCUACAAAGUUUACGUGGGCAAUCUUGCAAAGACUGUAACCACAGACUCACUCAAAAACUUUUUUUCAGGGAAAGGGAACGUUCUCAGUGCAAAGGUAUCCCGAGUUCCAGGAACCUCAAAAUCCAGUGGUUAUGGAUUUGUUAGUUUCUCUUCUGAAGAGGACGUGGACACAGCCAUAUCAUCUCUUAAUAAUGCGGUGCUUGAAGGGCAGAAGAUUCGGGUCAAUAAAGCCUAGAAUUAGAAAAGAGAGGCUCAAGGGCAAUAUUUUUGUUUCAUGUUUAGAUCUUUUAAUCUCGAAUGUAAUUUGGAUUUCGCGCAUGCCACUAAUGUCUACCAUGGUCCGAGUUUAAUUUGAAUAAAAACAAGAGCAAAUUCGGAAUCA